AUGACGGACACGCACGAAUAUAUAUAUCCAGAGAACGUCGAAUUUCCUGAAAUUGCGCAGCAUGAAAUUAUGGAGGUUAUCCGCGCGUCUCCAGCAGGCAAGGCGCCUAGUGAAGACGCAAUUCCGAACUCAUUCUGGCAUAAAUUGGUCAAAAUCCCCGUUAUUCUCAGCACGCUGCACCAGCUAUUUAACGCAUAUGUUCGAACAGGAUACAAUCCCAGCCACUUCCAGCGCUCAAUCACCGUCGUGCUCCGCAAGGCGGGCGACCGGGAUUACCAGGAGCCGAAAUCGUAUCGACCAGUUGCUCUUCUCAAUACAAUUGCCAAAUUUCUCGAGUCCGUGAUCGCAAGGCGCAUCUCAUACGCCGUCGAGGAGCACGGACUGUUACCCAAAGGCCACCUCGGCGGCCAGCGGGGCAUAUCCACCAACCAUGCUAUCCAAAUCAUGCUAGAUCGGGUCCGAAGUGCAUGGGGGCGGGGCUCCAUUGUAUCCUUGCUUAUGCUUGACGUUUCAGGUGCAUACGACAACGUGUCCCAUGACAGAAUGAUCCACAAUCUCCAUAAACGACGUCUCGGGCAGCUAGCACCGUGGAUACGCGCAUUUCUAACUGGUAGGAGCACCCGAAUUCGUAUGCCAGAGGGCAUAUCAGCACGAAUUCCAACGCCAACGGGUAUUCCACAAGGCUCGCCUCUAUCCCCAAUCCUCUAUCUCAUCUAUAACGCGGACUUGCUCGAAGACAGCCAGACACGGAGUGGAGACCUCUCUAUAAUGGGAUGGGUCGACGACGUGGGCUUUAUGGCGACUGGUAAGACAGAGAAACAGACUAUUUCAAAGCUCGAAAAAGCGUGUGAGAGAGCAGGGAUUUGGGCCAGCCAACAUGCGUCAGUCUUCGACCCGAAAAAGUACAAUUUGAUCCAUUUCGUGCCUCCAGAGCGCAAGAAUGAAGGCCAUUCCUUUCUCCUCGUCAAAGGUCAAGACGGGCUCACCACGAUAAUUGCACCCGAACAAGCAGCGAAAUACCUCGGCUUCUGGCUAGAUCCACAGCUCACAUUCACACACCACCACGACAAGGCAAUUAUCAAGGGCAGCACGUCUCUACAAGCUCUACGGAGCCUGGCUGGCUCCACGUGGGGUGCGUCUACGUCAGCAAUGCGGCGGAUAUAUCAGGCAGUGGUGAUACCGCAGCUGCUUUAUGGGGUGUCAGCGUGGUAUCCAUGGCACGAGAAAGGGAGGUGUAAGCAUAUCAGCAGCAAAUUCGCCGCUAUCCAGAAGAGAGCAGCAUGCCUGAUCGGUGGAGCGUUCAAGACAAGCGCAGCCGAGGCACUCAAUAUAGAGCUUCACCUUCCACCCAUCGGUAUUCAGAUGGAGCGUAUCUCCGCGGAGACAGCUCUCCGAAUUCGUACGGGUCCAGCUCAUGGAAUUCCACAGCUCAUGAUCCGGCAGCGUCCUCAACAGCAGCGUCAACGUGGUGGAUGGUCGCCGAUGGAGGCACAUGCGUGGCAUACGGGCGGUUGCUUAACGGCUCCCCCAGAGACUUUGGCGAGACAAUGGGAGAGCUGGUGGGCAUACGUCCAGGCUCCAUAG